AUGUACAUCAAAACCAUCACCUCCAUCGCCCUCGCAGCCACGCUUGCCCUGGGCGGCCCCAUCUUCCCAAGAGACGGAUGGAAGAACCCCAAAGGCGGAAACAUGGACAUCAACGUAUCGGACAAAACCGUAAAAUGGGGCACAGCCAAUCCAUCCGACGUGAUUCAAAAGCUUCUCGACCACUGUCACGCUGACGGCACGUGCGACGCCGACUUUGAGGUCGACUCGGGAUGGAAGAAUAAGAAUGGAAACAACCCAUUUGAGAAGGGUAAAGUCAAAAUCAGCAUCACAGAUGCCCAGUUUGAAGUUUGGGCCAAGAACGGUCUCGUGGAGGCUAUGAAGGCUGUUAUUGGAAAAGCCUCCAAGGUCGAUCAUACUAGCUGGACGGCUGCUCCUUCAUGUGGAGGCAACAUCUGUUCCACAGGAGAGAAGCCAAACAAGAUUGAUCAGUGGACUGGUCCUGAGCAGAUUAACCUCCAGGUUCGGGAUAAGGAUGGUGGUCUGAAGGACUUUAUUCACAUUACUGCCACGCCCCAUGUUGAUGAUAGCUUCUCCGGUUUGUGCUCUACAUUGGUAGGCAUUGGGUCGUCUGCUGCUAGCUUGGUAAAUGGAGCUGCUGGUGGUGUCUUUUCACUUGCGAACCUUGGUUGCUUGAUGUCGGAUGCUUCGUGA